CUAGCUCCGCAGCGUGAGAUCAGCGUUCUGCUGCUCGGUAGAAACAAACAUUUCCGAUGCUAACUACUACCUGAUUCUGUGAUUCUGACUUCUCUGAGUCACACAAAUAGCUUUACUCCACAAAACCGUCCUUUGUUGAAGACUAUCAUUCGAGCUAUAUAGCACGGAAUCGCACUUUUGGUCAUAUUUGGCUAUUUAUCUGCGCUAGCUAGCAAAGGUUAGCGCGUUAGCUAACAUUCAACAACAUGAAUAUCGACAACGUUAAUCAGUCUGUCACAACUGGAGUGUCAUCUACGACGUCUUCAACUUCAAGCAACUGUAUCGUAAAUGAUAAUGCAACAACCAACGUCAGCAGCAUCCCUUCGGUCACGAGUAAUGUUUCAGCCUCUGCUGCCAUGGUGACACCAUCAGCAGACACAUCUGUGUCCAACGGUGUCUAUGUUCCUGGUGGCAUCACCAAUGGAGAUGUGAAGCCUGCCAUCUCUACCACACCCUUGGCAGAUUUCCUCAUGCAGCUGGAGGAGUACACUCCCACAAUUCCUGAUGCAGUUACAGGCUAUUACCUCAACCGGGCUGGCUUUGAAGCUUCUGAUCCAAGAAUAAUCCGCCUGAUCUCGCUUGCCUCUCAGAAGUUCAUCUCAGACAUUGCCAAUGAUGCCUUGCAGUACUGUAAAAUGAAGGGGACAGCCUCAGGUAGCUCGAGGAGUAAGACUAAGGAUAAGAAGUACACUCUGACUAUGGAGGACCUGACUCCUGCCCUCACAGAAUACGGCAUCAAUGUCAAGAAACCAUAUUACUUUACAUAAAACUGUCUUUCUUUAAAGACUUUUUGCUUUUGCUAGUUUUAUCAUCUUCCCCCCCACCCACCAGAGUCUGUUGACACCUUUAUUGCUUUUUUUUUUGAUCACGGUGUUUUAGUACAGUAUUGACACAUUUAUGUAGUCGCUCUGCCAUUUGUUAUUUUUGUGGAGCAACAUUUGCAUUACGUAAAUUGUAAAAUAAGUUUUAUUG